AAUAAUAUUUUAUUUAUAUAUUCAUUUUAUAUAAUCAAAAUAUACACACAUAUACUACACCAAAUAAUUGAAAUGAGUAUCCACUCAAGUCAAAAUCUCGACCGUGAGAUACCGUGGCUUGCUGUGGAACUAGCUCCUGAAAGCAGUCGCCCAAGCGUGAAACAACGACUUAAAAGCUUUCGGCCCUUGACUUUUUAAUUAAUUUGUUGCAAAUGCGAAGGAGCCAUAUUUUCACACUUGAAAACGUGUCGUCAGAACUUUCUUCUUAGAAACAUCCUUUCUGUGGUCCCUUUUUUCAAUCAUUGAAGCCGAAAAGCCAAAAUUCAUUCAGAAUUGAAACCAUAAAAUAUUGUUUCUUUGUUUACUCUUUGUUCGCUUGAAUUACCUUGAAAAUUUCUAGUUAGUUCUGUUCUCUCUGUCAGACUUUCAUUUGAGUUAACACCCGGUUGACUGGUUGGCACCUGAUGGUUACUUGACAUUUAUAUGUAAUGUGGAAGUCCUUAUUGAUCAGAUUUAUAAUGAAGUUCUAAGGAGGUUUUACAAGUCCGAACCGAAUGCAUCCCUGAAGAAAAAUGAAGAGAGAAAUCACAUUGGUCCCUUCUCAAUGUAUUUUAUUCUUACUAUGUGGAUAUUUGUUGUUACCGGUAAAGGCUGUGGGUGAUCCAAGAUCUCAAAUUGUCAAAAUUAUAUGCGGAAACCAAUUGGAGCAAAACACAACUAUUUUUGUGCCUAAUUUUGCCACUACAAAGAAAAACAUCAGUGACAAAUGCGAUCAGCUGGCUUUGGAGAGGCAGUUACAGAUUCAGGUCCAAACGCAAACUAUGGGCUUGCACAAUGUUACGGAGACCUCACUUUGUUAGAUUGUCUGUUAUGCCAUGCUGAAGCACGUACACUUCUUUCCCAAUGUUUCCCCAACAAUGGAGGUCGAAUUUACCUUGAUGGAUGCUUCAUGAGAUCAGAGAAUUAUAGCUUCUUUGAAGAGUAUAAAGGUCCAGGAGACCUGGCAGUUUGUGGGAAUACAACAAGAAAGAGUUCAAAAUUUCAAGAAUCAGCUAGGCAGGCUGUGAUGCAUGCAGUUGCUUCUGCACCUAGUCAUAGAAAUUAUGCCCGAGCUAAGACAAGUGCUUCAGGUUCCAAUGAGCCAGCCUAUGUGUUGGCUAAUAGCUGGAAGAACCACAAUAAGAGUUCAUGUGAAGCAUGCUUGGGGAAUGCCUCUGCUUCUGUGAUGGGGUGAUUGCCUUGGUCAGAGGGUCGAGCACUGAAUACCGGGUGCUUCUUAAGGUAUUCGGACAGAAAUUUCCUUAACAAAGAACUGGGAAAUGGAAGCAACAGAGGGUGUACCGCCUGAUGGAAAAGAAAUUGCUGUCAAGAGGCUUUUCUAUAACAACAAACACAAGGUAGCGAAUUUCCACAAUGAAGUUGACAUUAUAAGCAGCGUAGGGCACAAAAAUCCGGUGAGAUUGCUGGGGGAUGCAGCUUUUCAAGACCUGAAAGCCUUCUUGUCUAGGAAUUCCUGCCUAACAAGAGCCUUGAUCGCUUCAUCUUUAGUAAUUAAUAAAUCAAUGAAUGAGAAUUUUGACAGCGCAAAUAUGGCUUAUUAUUGAACAUGCACUAUUUUGAUCAACAUUGUCUUCUCAUUCGUAUAGCAAUACACUCUUACACUAAAUUCUGAACC